UUUUGGGGGGGGAGGGGGCUGGGUAUCCCCAGGUGUGAAGUGGAACAACAACCUGCUUCAUUAGUGCCAUGGAGAAACCCAUUUUCAAUUCAUCCCACAGCAAAGAGGAGAUCCGCCCCCUGCAUUAUCUUAGCAGAGAGGAGGCAGUGGCCAUUGAAAAAGAACUCCUGGAAGAGUUCAGGUUUGGAUAUCAGCAGCUGAUUGAGAUCUGGGGUCAUGCGUCUGCCAUGGCAGUAACCAAGGUUUUCCCUCGAAAGUCUUUGCCGAAGAAACAGCCGACGUUGUUGGUGGUCUGCGGUUGUGAACAGAAUGGAGCAAUUGGCCUGGCAUGUGCCCGGCACCUGCGUGUGUUUGAAUAUGAGCCAACAAUAUUUUAUCCCAAGAGAUCUUCUAAUCCCCUUUACCAGGAUUUCACCACACAAUGCGAAAAGAUGGACAUCCCUUUUCUUUCCUAUUUGCCAACAGAGGUUCAGCUAAUCAGCGAUGCCUACAACCUGGUGGUUGAUGCCGUGCUUGGCGUGGAGGCCACGCCGGGUGAGCUGCCCGAGCCUUACAGCACGAUCCUGGCAACCCUCAAGCAGAUCCGGAUCCCUCUCAUCAGUCUGGACAUCCCUUCUGGGUGGGAUGCAGAGAGAGGCAGCACUGAUGGGAUCAGCCCCGACGUCCUGGUCUCCUUGGCGGCCCCCAAGCAGUGCGCCACGCGAUUUAUUGGCAAGCACCAUCUUGUGGCCGGCCGGUUCCUGCCUUACGACGUGCAGAAGAAAUUCGAACUGAAUUUGCCGGAGUACCCUGGCACGGAAUGUGUGGUUUCUCUUUGAAGACCCAGCGGCAUGUGGCCCGUGGCAGCUUUGGGGUUUCUCUCCACCCAAAGAACGCUCCGUUUGCUUAUCUCAAACGGCAUGACUUCCUGAAGUCCCCAGUAUUAACCAAUUCCGUAUCUAGACGUUGGAAUGUAGCUAAAGGCUAGAAUAGGGUGUUAAAUAUGUCAAGAAAGCCACCUGGCGAUGCAGUACAGGGGACCUCUGGAUAUUAAAUUAUAAAACUAAUG